ACAAAAUUUAAAAAACUUUAACACAAAGUUGUGUUUAGUUAAAUAAGAAAAUGAGACCGUUACUGUUUGCUGUAGUUAUGACAUUAAGUAUUCUGUUGGUUAAAGGUUCGUCCCCAAGCACGACGAACAAUACAAAUUUAUGUACAAAAAAUCCUUCAACAAGAAAUUUUUUACUUGCAAUCUUUAGUACUUUAGUUGCUAUUGUUGGUAUACUUGGAAAUACUAUUUGUAUAACAGUCAUACUUUUUACUAGAGAUCUGAGAACUAAAUGUGCUUAUUACUUUAUAGUUUCCCUAGCAUCAGCGGAUAUUGGAGUUUCCAUAUUUGUUACAUCAUUAAAAGUAGACAUGUUCAGGCACGAUGAAAAUUUUUGUUUAGGAAUUGAAAUGUGCUAUCUUUCUGUACUAACAGAUUUUUUGUUUCCCAUAGCAUCAAUAACGCACCUUCUUGUAAUUGCUAUUGAUAGAUGCGUUGCUAUAACGUGGCCAUACUUCUAUUCUCUUUAUUUUACGGAAAAAAAAGGAACAAUUAUAUGCAUUAUUUGGUUAUGGUGCAUAUUAUGGGCGUGUUUAGGGGUUUUAUCAUGGGAAACCCCAUCAAAAACUUCUAUAACAAUUAUUGAAGAAAAUGGACGAUUUUGUUACAAUCCAAAUAAAUACUAUAUAACGGUAAUGCUCUCAGUAAUAAUACUAAUACCAACGUUAAUUGCUUUUUUUUUAUAUAUGAUAAUUUUGCGAGUUGCAAUUAAACAAGAAAAAUCUAUUGCUAAAAUGUUGCUACAAACUUUCAAAAAAGGAUAUACCGAAAUGAAAGCAACUAAGGUUGUGGCUCUUGUAUUUGUAAUAUUUGUUAUUUGCUGGGUACCUCAUUUUGUUAUAAUUUUAAUGCAGUAUUGGAGCAUCGAUGUACUUUAUAGGUUCAGUGUGAUUCAUCCAACAUUAUACAACGUCAUUACAUCUUUAUUUAACUACGUGUUACCAACUGUUAGCAGCUGUGCAAACCCUUUCUUAUACUUUUUAGCUGGUUCACAUUUCCAAAAUGCGCUUCGAGAUUUGAUUCGUAAAUUAAGAAAAAAGCCGAGAUCAAAUGAAGACAUUAUGGUUCUGUUUCCGUUAUUGCCAAAGUUGAGCACGACAAUUGUAGAAAUAAUGAAAAAUUAAUUCAAUUGUUUUAUUUAUUGAGAAACACAACUGUUCAUAAAAUCAUAAAUUUAUAAC